CUCUCGCCCUCUUCCUCUCCCUCGCCGCGCAAGAAACUGCGCUCCCCAUCCGGCUACGCCCCGCCCUCGACCUACGCCCACCUGCCCCCGCUGCGCGACGUCCUCGAACCCAACCUGAUCUGCGUCUUCAUCGGGCUCAAUCCGGGGAUCCAGACCGCCGUGUCCGGGCACGCGUACGCCCAUCCAUCGAACCUGUUCUGGAAGCUGCUGCACAGCAGCGGGUGCACGACGCGCCGGUGCAGCCCCCAGGAGGAUGGCGACCUGCCGCGUCUGUUCGCGCUGGGGAAUACGAAUAUCGUGGAGCGCCCGACGAAGAAUAGCUCGGAACUGAGUAAGGCGGAGAUGGAUGCCAGCGUGCAUGUGCUGCAGGCGAAGAUUGCCAAGUUCAGACCCGAGGCCGUGUGUAUUGUGGGGAAGAGCGUCUGGGAGAGUAUCUGGAGGGUGACGCAUGGCAGGCCGAUCAAGAAACAUGAGUUUAGGUAUGGAUGGCAGGAUCAGGGGGAGAAUAUGGGCGUUGAUGGUGGGCAGGACUGGGAGGGGGCAAGAGUCUUUGUGGCGACGAGUACGAGCGGACUUGCUGCUACGUUGUUGCCGGCUGAGAAAGAACGCAUAUGGAAGGAAUUAGGGGUCUGGGUCCAGCAAAGGAGAGAGGAGAGAUCUGCU